AAUAGGCGGCCCUAGAGCUGCGGCCCUAGAGCUGCGACUCAGCGCCUACUGAGGGGCUAAAGUAGCAGAAGAAAAAAAGGCUGCAGUUUUGACAGCGACAAGGGUCCGAGUCUUUCUGAACAGGGGUCUGCGAGUGGAUUCUAUCUGAUCCCCCAGUGGACUGUGCUGGAGCGCCAAUCAGAUCCUGACAGAGUCGGUGAGAGUUGGGUACUGGCCUGCUCCCGCGAUAGAGCUGCCAUUCCAGCCGAUUCCUGAUUCCCUAGACGGCGUCCCACACGAUGACCCUUAAUGGCGGCAGCGGAGCGGGAGGGAGCCGCGGCACCGGCAGGGAGCGUGACCGCCGUCGAGGCAGCACCCCCUGGGGCCCCGCACCCCCACUGCACCGCAGGAGCAUGCCGGUGGACGAGCGAGACCUUCAGGCGGCACUAGCCCCGGGCUCCCUAGCUGCGACUGCAGCGGGAACUCGGACACAGGGGCAGAGGCUGGACUGGCCCGAAGGCUCCUCCGACUCUCUCAGUUCGGGAGGCAGUGGAUCGGAGGAGGGCGUUUACAAGGUGCUGCUGCUUGGGGCGCCUGGUGUGGGCAAGAGCGCCCUGGCGCGCAUCUUUGGUGGUAUAGAGGACGGGCCUGAAGCAGAAGCCGCAGGGCACACAUAUGAUCGUUCUAUCACUGUGGAUGGAGAAGAGGCAUCACUCAUGGUCUAUGACAUUUGGGAACAGGAUGGAGGCUGCUGGCUGCCUGGCCACUGCAUGGCCAUGGGAGAUGCAUAUGUCAUUGUGUACUCAAUAACAGACAAGGGGAGCUUUGAGAAAGCCUCUGAACUUCGGGUACAGCUGCGGCGAGCACGGCAAACAGACAAUGUGCCCAUCAUCCUCGUGGGCAACAAAAGUGACCUGGUGCGCUCCCGUGAGGUCUCUGUGGAUGAGGGUCGGGCCUGCGCAGUGGUCUUUGACUGCAAAUUCAUCGAGACAUCAGCAGCACUGCAUCAUAACGUCCAGGCCCUGUUUGAGGGUGUCGUGCGCCAGAUACGCCUUCGCAGGGACAGCAAAGAGGAUAAUGCCCGGCGGCAAGCUGGCACUCGGCGACGGGAGAGCCUUGGCAAGAAGGCCAAACGCUUUCUAGGCCGCAUCGUAGCUCGCAACAGCCGCAAGAUGGCCUUCCGUGCCAAGUCCAAGUCCUGCCAUGACCUCUCUGUUCUCUAAGGCCUCCUGGGCCCCUCGCUUAGUGGGCCAGUGGAUGGGUGGAGGGGCUGGCCCAGCCAACCGCUCUAGAUGCCCCAGGGCUGGCCCAUGCUCUGUGAUUCCCAGAACUGUCAGCUGUGCACACCCUGUCUCAUGGUCAUGGACAGACAGGCAGUGCUGACCAGGGAGGCAACUCCAAGAGGCCAGCGAGGCCUGGGCCUAUGGAGAUGCAUGUGCAGGCCCACGUGCAUACCAGGCAGCCUGAACCCAGCUCAUGGACAGGACUCCGCCUUUCUCUGUGUGGGUAUAUGUGCCCUGGAGUGAGGCUGUUCAGUAUGGUUGCUGUUUGUUUACAUGCAGAUUUUUGUAAUAAAGACUAUUUCCUGACAA